AUGACCUCGGCUACUGCAGCUGACGAUUUGAACAUGAUGUAUAUCGAAGCUUUUCACAAAAUUAUGACUGAUAUGGAUAAUUUUGAAGGAGAUUCAUCCAGUUUGGAUUUCGAAGAGGUCUUGAAUGUUAAAUUGACAGUAACAAAGUUUCAACCUUUCCGCGGUAGUUCUUAUCUUCCUUUGCCCUCCGAAUUACAGAAAAAGAGAAGUCUUCUCAACAUUAGGAAUUUAGAUGAUGACAAAUGUUUCAUCUAUGCCAUUUUGGCUCAUUUACACCCCUCAUCUACAUCUCAUAAGGAUCUCCCAGAUGAUUACAUUCAACACAUAUCUGAAUUGCACUUAGAAGGAUUUAAAUUCCCCAUGGCUUUAAAAAAUGUGGGUAAUUUCGAAAAAGCAAAUGAUCUUAGUAUUAACGUGUAUGGCUAUAGUCAAAAAGAAAAAAAAGACGACGAAGAAAAUUUAAUCUUUCCCCUAAAAAUCAGUGACAAUGUGUCACACGUUGACCCAAAGCGUCACAUCGACCUUUUAUUUAUAAAUACAGAAGAUACGUCUCAUUACGUCUUGAUCACCUCAUUGGCUGCAUUGGUGAGACAAUCCAAUAACCACAACAAUAAAUACAUCUGUCGCAAAUGUCUGUGGACAUUCAGUUCGGAAGAUUGCCUUUUGAAUCACAAAUCAUAUUGCUAUCACAAAGCUCAAAAAACUAAAAUGCCCGAACCAGACAAGACGACGAGACAAUUUGGCUUAGGUCACAUGUCUAAAACGGUCAGGGUUCCCUUCGUGAUCUACAGCGACUUUGAAUGCAUCUUGUCACCUUUAGAGGAAGACAAUCCCGAUGGUCACCAUACUCAACGCAUUCAACAUCACGUCCCAUGUGGCUACUCUUAUCAAAUUGUCUGUCGGGACCCUAGUAUCCACUCUUUCGAUUUAAAGAAGUUCAGUGGGGAACAUGCUGCCCACCAUUUUAUGGAAAGCAUUUUGGCAGAUUAUCAGGAGAUCAAGGAGAUCUUGGAAGACCCGGUCCCUGUGCGUUUAACGCAGUGGGAUAAACAACUCAUCGAUUGCACGACUGUGUGUUAUUUGUGCGGGGACGAAAUAGAACAUGACCGACAUAUAGACCACGACCACCUGACGGGUGAAUUCAGGGGAGUGUGUCAUUCCUACUGCAAUGUGAACUAUAAAGAAUGUAAAUUUGUCCCCGUGGUUUGUCACAAUGCAUCUCGGUACGACAACCACUUGAUUUUGCAAGCGGCCGAAUUGUUUUCCGGAAGCGAACUUAAAUGUAUUCCCAAUAAUUCGGAACACUUUCUCAUGUUUGAAAUUGAUGGUCUUCGGUUUUUAGACAGUUAUAAGUUUUUAAACACCAGCUUGCAAACAUUGGCCAACAAUUUGAGAAGUAAAGGCCGAGACCAAUUCAAAUAUCUUCGUGGUCACUUUCCCGAUCACGUGGACUUGCUCACCCGCAAACUUCCCUAUUUUUACGAAUAUGUGGACAGUUUCGAAAAACUAGAAGAAACUGUCUUCCCCAGUCGGGAUGAGUUUUAUUCCUCUCUGACAGAAGAGACCGUGACCGAAGAAGAAUAUCUGUUUGCACGUGGGAUAUGGGACACGUUUCAUUGUCAGUCUGUCCGAGAGUUCAUGGAGCUUUACGUCUCCGUAGACACGUUGAUCUUAACGGACGUCAUGGAAGCGUUCCGUGACAUGUGUUUGCAAUAUUACGAGUUAGAUCCCCUCCAUUAUUACACACUCCCAGGGAUGGCCAUGGACGCAUGUUUGAAAAUGACGGACGUGAGUUUAGAUCUGUUAACAGACCCCGACAUGUACAAUUUUAUCGAACAGGGUAUCCGAGGGGGAGUGGCAUCCAUCAAUCACAGAUAUGCACAAGCCAAUAACAAACACAUGGCCGAUUUCGACCCCAACCAAACCGAGUCGACCUUACUUUAUUUUGAUGUUAACAAUUUGUAUGGGGCGGCCAUGUCAUUACCACUUCCUCUUGGGGAAUUUGAAUGGAUGCCACAAGAAGAUGUAAAUAAAAUUGAUUGGCUGCACCUUGAUCUCGAGGGAGACGUGGGGUAUGUUCUAGACUGUGAUUUAGAAUAUCCCCGCGAAUUGCAUCGCAUUGAUCAAACCUUGCCCGUUGCGCCCACCAAAGAGAGCAUCCCCUACCACCAGUUCUCCCCCUGCCACAAAGACCUUCUUAAAGAAAUGGGGAACAAAAUCGAAAAAUCUACGGGAACCAAACUGUUUUCGACGUUAAAAGAUAAGAGUCACUAUAUCAUUCAUUUUUCCACUUUACAGUUCUACCUGCAAUUGGGCCUGAAACUCGUCAAAAUCCACAAAGUAUUAACAUUCAUUCAAGAUCCAUGGAUGAAACCAUACAUUGAUUUUAAUACCCAAAAACGCAAAGAAGCCACGGACGAAUUUUCAAAAGAUCUGUUUAAAUUAUUAUCCAAUUCGGUCUAUGGUAAACAAUUGCAAAAUGUCAGAAAUUAUCAACAGGUAGAACUAAUCACAGACGAAAAGAGAUUACGAUGGUACACGGCAAAGCCUAAUUUCAAAUCUGUCAAUAUCUUUUCGGAACAUUUGGUCGCCGUCAGCAUGGAAAAAGGGUCAGUCACACUAAAUCAACCCGUGUCCGUUGGUUUCACCAUUUUGGAACACGCCAAACGUAUUUUAUACGAUUUUCAUUACAAUGUCAUGCUAAAAGAAUAUGGAAAUUGA